CAGUAAUUACAGUGUAUAGUUUGAAUAAAGAUAAAUCAGUUUUGUAGUGAAAUAAAUAUGAAAUAAUCUAAUGAUUCGUGUAAACUUGAUUUUACAAUAAUAUAUAUAAAAUAUGUAUGAAUUUGACAUGUAUGAUGACUAUGCAAUUGCAGAGGUUGUCCCUGAUCAUAUUUUGGAGAACAUUUUUUCCUAUCUCUGUUUAAAAGAUCUCCGAAAUUGUGCUUUGGUAUGUAAAAGCUGGUACAGAAUUCUCAGUGAUGAAAAUAAUGAUGUUUGGCGACUGCAUUGUGUUAAAAGAUUGGUUGAAGAAGUUAUGAAAUCAGAUUUACUUUCAACUGUUACUACAUACAAAUCAAAAUUAAGAGCUUUUUACCAUGCAUGGAAUCCACACGAUUGUUCAAGAAACAUAUAUGUCAAACUUAAUGGAUUCACAUUACACAGGAAUCCUGUAGCUCAAAGUACUGAUGCAUGCAGAGGAAAGGUUGGGUUUCAUCAUGGAAGGCAUGCUUGGGAGGUGAUAUGGGAAGGGCCUUUAGGUACUGUAGCUGUAGUAGGUAUAUCAACUAAAGAUGCACCCUUACAAUGUCAUGGAUAUGUUGGGCUGUUAGGGUCUGAUGAACAAAGCUGGGGGUGGAAUUUAGUUGAUAAUCAUUUAUUGCAUAAUGGAGAUACACAAGGACACUACCCUCUACUAAAUAACUGUCCUAAAUACCAGGUAGGUGAGCGCAUUCGAGUGAUCUUAGACUGUGAGGACAACACUUUAUCAUUUGAAAGAAAUUAUGAAUUUUUAGGAGUUGCAUUCAGAGGCCUUCCGAACAAGAAACUGUUUCCAACAGUUUCAGCUGUGUAUGGUAACACUGAAGUAUCCAUGGUAUAUUUGGGUCCACCCGUGGAUGGCUGAUAGUGAAUGAUUUAAUUCAAGUAUCUUGAUAUACAUAUGCAAUACUCAAGUUAAUCAGAAGGG